CACAAAUAACCUGAACCCGAUUCUCAACCCAAAGUCAAGUUCCCCUUCACUUCUACUGUCUGUACGCACUAUUCGAAGAAGCUUCCAAUGGCGGAGGCAUCCGAAGAAGCCAUCAUCGUGAAGCUUUAUGAAUACGGCGAACGCCUCAACGAGUCCAAAGACAAGUCUCAGGCCCGUAAAAAUAUCCAAUAUAAUGUGGAGGACUAUGAGAAUAUAAUUAAAGCAUCGAAGAGCAGCAAUGCUAAAGCUAUGCAAUUAGCAGCUCAGCUAAUUCCGAGAUUUUUCAAGCACUUUCCUAGUUUAUCAGGCCGUGCUGUUUACGCUCAGCUGGAUUUCUGUGAAUCUGAAGAGCUUGCGGUUCGAGUGCAAGCCAUUCGUGGACUUCCUCUUUUUUGCAAGGACACACCCGAGCAUCUUUCGAAAAUUGUUGAUAUACUUGUACAACUCCUGACUGCUGAGGAAAAUGUGGAACGUGAUGCAGUAAACAAAGCCCUUUUGUCCUUGUUAAGGCAAGAUGUAAAAGCUUCAUUGACAGCUCUUUUUAAACACAUUGAGACUGUUGAUGAGCAGAUGUCUGAUGAUAAUCUCCGUGAAAGGACAUUAGUUUUUAUAAAAGACAAGGUAUUUCCUCUAAAAGCUGAGCUCCUCAAGCCUCCAGAACAAAUGGAAAGGCACAUUACCGAUCUGAUUAAAAAGAGUCUACAAGAUGUGACAGGAGCAGAAUUUAAGAUGUUCAUGGAUUUUCUGAAAAGUUUGAGCAUAUUUGGAGAUAAAGCUCCUGCAGAGCGUGUGCAAGAACUGAUUGAGAUCAUUGCAGGCCAAGCUGAUCUAGAUGCACAAUUCAAUGUUUCAGAUGGAGACCAUAUUGCUAGAUUGAUAGUCUGUUUGUUUAUGGCUAUUCCAUUUUUUGAGAGGGGUGCCUCAAAUAGCAAAUUUCUAAACUAUUUGAAUAAGCAUAUUUUCCCAGUAUUUGACAAGCUUCCUGAAGAACGGAAGGUAGACCUGCUCAAAAACCUUGCAGAGAGCGCACCUUACACAACUCCUCAAGACUCGAGACAGAUCCUUCCCUCUGUUGUUCAACUCUUAAAGAAAUAUAUGCCUCGUCGAAAAGCAGGAGAAGAGAUGAACUUUUCUUAUGUUGAGUGUUUGCUGUAUACUUUUCACCAUUUAGCACACAAGGCGCCAAAUGCCACCAAUAGCUUAUGUGGUUACAAGAUUGUGACUGGACAACCAUCUGACAGGCUUGGGGAAGACUUCUCGGAGAAUUACAAAGAGUUCACAGAGAGGUUAAAUUGUUUUGAAGAGCUUGCUAAGGCUGCCAUUAAGAAAUUGACUCAGGGGAUGGCGGAGCACAGUAAAGCACUUGCUGCUGCUAAAUCUGAUGAAGAAAAGGAAAAACUCAAGGCUCAAAAGCAGAAUGCUACUACAGGGCUGAGGACUUGCAAUAAUAUACUGUCUAUGGCUCAGCCACUACAUGCAAAAACACCUUCAUUCAUCGGGGACAAAAAAAUCAACCUUUCAUGGAAGGAAGUUGUGAAAUCUACAGCACCAUCAACAGCAAGUUCAACUGGAGUCAAACGGCCUGCUGGUGCAAUUAAUGGUUCAAGUAGUUCUGCGCCAAAGAAGGGCCGGGGAGGUGGUAGCAUGCCGAACCAGUUUGUUGACAGGGGUUUUCAAGGUCUGUCAUAUGGAGGGAGAAGUACAAGAGGUAGAGGCAGGGGACGGGGUUUCCGCGGAAGGGGAAGGGGAUAUCACUAGCCCAGGUCUGACCUCAGUGUUAUCUGCGAAACACUUUUCUGUGAACUAAAAGAUGCAGAGACGUUGGAUUUCGUCUUAGAGAUGCAAUUUUGAGAAGUAGUCAGAUGCUUUGCGGAUUGGGAAGCGUAGUUGAUUUCGUACAUGUGAUGAUGUGGUUUGUCAGUUUUGAUGUGGCAGUCUGAAACUGAUCUUUCUCAAGAUAUUCUCACAAAGCGGCACUUGAUCCGACCAACCUUUGGUGGCAAAGAAAACGAAAAGAAAAUAUAGUGACAAGAUUCUGAUGGAUCAUUUGUAGUAUUGUAUUUGUAAUUUUCAUUUGGGAGAUUGUUUCUUGUUUAAUUUUGUGAUUUUCAUUUGGUAGACAGUUGUUUAAUUUAUUAUUGUCCUCGUUUUAAUACCCUGUGUAUUUAAACAUUUUUUAGCAUGCCUAAAUCCAGUUUAACAGUUUUUUUGA